AUGUCCUCAACCCUCCGUCAACGAGGUGCUUCCCCUUCCCAGGGUCAGGUCGAAAAGGCUCGAAUCCUCAAAGAGACUGAGGAGAAGGAGCUGUCUGAAGGCCAGAAAUUCAUCGUCCCCAACUUCACCGUCAAGCAAUUGUUGGAUGCCAUCCCAGCCCACUGCUUCAAGCGAUCUGCUAUCAGAUCCUCCUUGUACAUUGUUCAGGACGCGAUCGCGAUCGCCGCCCUGGUCUAUGGUGCCUACCACAUUGACUCCUUCCUCGGACGAUUCAACCUCUCCAACGUCGCCUUCCACGCCGCGCGUGCAGCAUUGUACAUUGCCUACACUGUCGUUACUGGAUUUUUCGGAACCGGUAUCUGGGUCAUCGCUCACGAGUGUGGUCAUCAAGGAUUCUCCUCGUCUCGAAACAUCAACUUUGUUGUCGGUUGGGUCCUUCACUCGGCUCUUUUGGUCCCUUUCCACUCGUGGAGAAUCUCGCAUGCCCGUCACCAUGCCGCUACUGGCCACAUGACCCGAGAUGAGGUCUUUGUUCCCAAGACCCGAAAGCAGCUCGGUCUCCCAGAGCUUGCCGAGGAAGGCGAGGUCCGGGGCCUGAGCGUUUCUGAAUCCCGUCAAGCCGAGUUCCGGGAGGCUCUCGAUGACUCUCCCCUCGUUCUGAUCAUCAAGAUGAUUCUCAGACAGACUCUCGGAUGGCCAUUGUACCUCUUCAUGAAUGCGACUGGACAGGAGCACUACCCCGCUGGAACCAACCACUUCACCCCAUCUUCUAUCAUCUUCAAGCCCAGCCAAUACUCUCAGGUCUUGAUGUCUGAUCUCGGUUGCAUCCUUAUGCUGGGUGCCCUUGGAUACUGGGCGUUCCAGCGCAGUGUUCUGGAGGUCGUCGCCAUUUACGGUAUCCCUUACCUUUGGGUCAACAACUGGCUCGUUGCGAUCACCUUCUUGCAGCACACAGAUGCUCAACUACCCCAUUACUCUCCCGAGAAAUGGACUUUUGCCCGGGGAGCUCUUGCUACCAUUGACCGGAACUUCUUCGGAUUCGUCGGACCCUACAUCCUCCAUGGAAUCGCGGAGACUCAUGUCUGCCACCACAUUUGCUCCAAAAUUCCUCACUACAACGCCUGGGAGGCCACUCAGGCUUUGAAGGAGUUCCUUGGUGUUCACUACUACAAGUCAGAGGAGAACUUUUUGGUCUCAUUCUGGAAAAGCUCAAGGGAUUGCCAGUUCGUCGAAGACGAGGGAGAUGUUCUUUUCUUCAAGAACGCUUCUGGUGUAGCUGCCCGUGUUGCCGUUGAGGAGGAGAACCAAUUCUCCGACUCUGGUGUCGACAUGGGAGAGACUAGAUAA